AUGAAAAAAUUGAAAUCAUCACUAAAAUUAUCACGUCAUGACUCUUUAUCUCCUUCCAUAACAUCCUCAACUUCAUCAAUUUCAUCUGCAUCUUCAACCUCGUUUUCUUCCAAUCCAAGUUCUUCAAAUACGUAUAAGUUCGUUAGAUUCGCUCCCCAGUUAACUACUAUUAAAAGUUUUCAUAUUAACGAUGAACCAAUCAGUAUAUCUAAUGAAACUUCUCCUGUACUUUAUCCAAUCGAUAAUAUCUCACCAUUUACUAGUGCCACUGAAACAACACCAGCUAAUAAAAUGAGCAAACAGAAUCUAUGGGAUUUUAAUUUUGAUGACAUUGAAGAUGAUUUUGAUUUAGAUUAUUUUGAUAAUUAUCAUCUAACAUAUACUAAUGCUCCAACGGGUGUCAUUCCUGCGAUUUCUGCUGCUAAUACUGUUACAGAUGCUAACACUCUCUUAACCUUCAAUAAUAUAAUUGAAUCUCCAACUUUUAAUAUGACCAAUUUCUACAACAACGAUAUUCAAGCAUGCAUUAUAAGUUCAAAUUUUGAUAAUAAAAAUAAUGACUAUUACCACUUAGACCCAUAUGAUAAUAUUAAAGUAAUUAAUAUAUCUUUAGUAAAAGAUAAUGUUAUACGUGGUACAAUUAAAGUACGUAACUUACAAUAUGAAAAAUUUAUUCAAUGUAAAUUUACAUUUGAUAAUUGGAAACAAAUUCAUUAUAUAAAGGCAGAUUAUUCGUAUUCUCCAACAAAUCAUGAAGAUAUUUUCAUCUUUGAUAUUGAUUUAAACGCUUGGAAGUUUUUCUUGGAGUAUCAUAAAUUAAUCGAUAACGUCAUGAUAAAUAAUCAAAAUAAUUUGAACUUAGAAUUUGUUUGCAUGUAUAAUGUUAAUGACUCAGUUUAUUAUGAUAACAAUAAUUAUCAAAACUUUAUACUGAAUUUGAAUGUUUCGCCAAAGUUAAACAAUUCUAUGGCCACCAUUUAUAACAAUAGUAACAACACUGAUAAGAAUAAUAACAAUAUUAAUACCGAUAAAAUUAUUACUACUGCGGCAGCUACUACUAAUAAUAGCACUAUUCCAAAAAAUAGAGAUAAGGUUGUCACCAGAAAAUUUUCAAAAGAUACUGAUUACUAUAAUGAAUCUCCAUUAAAACACAUGUUCCAUACUGAUACAUAUUGGAUUCAUCCUAAAAACCAAAACAAAUUAUCCUUCUUUAUCGAUGAUCAAAUGCAAGAAACCGAUUAUGAUACAUUAAUGAACAAAUAUAACAAUAGCAAUAAUAGUAGUGGCAAUGACAAUUCCUCAGUCAUUACCAUUAAUAAUACCAUUAAUGAUAAUAGUAUGCCGUCACUUUCGUCUUCAUAUUCUGAUUUAUCAUCAUGGGAUACAGAUGAUAGUGAAAAGGAAUAUUUUUUUGAUUGUUAUGAUUAUGAUUAUACUUUUUCACCAGCUUUGAACAAUACCAAUAAUAUCACCUCAGGUACGUAUUCAAGUACUACCAACACUGCUGCGAUUACUACUUCUAACACCAUACCUACAGAUGAGUGCAAUAACCCUUAUAAAUACAAUAACUUUUUGGCAAAAACAAAUUCAAUGGACACUCUAUUAUGUUUUGACAAAAGAUGGGAUGAUAGAGAAAAUUUCUAUAACAAUGAAAAUAGUUAUCUGGAUAAUGAAGAUAAUGAAACUAUCACAUCAAUAAACGAAAUAGGUAAUUCAAAUACAAAUAUAGCUACAUUUGAUAUAACAUAUGAUUAUUGUAAUGUCCAAUUAUGA